CAAACAUGUCGGACACUAGUCAUGCAGACCUAUCGGAGGAUGAAUCCUCAUCAGCCUCGUGGAACAGUUUCCAUUCAUCUGAUUCAUCCGAUUCCUAUAUAUAUGAAGUUAUCGAACAGAAAUGCCGUACGUUCCAGAGAGGGAAGAAAAAUGCACCCCAACGCCAGGUUAAGAAGGGUAAAGCGCUGUCGGGUAAAAAAUCAAAGAUGGCAAAAAAGACAUUAUUUACGUCUAGGCCUACAUCAACACCCAAAAGUGUUCAACAUGAACAAGACCUACCACUUCUAGAGGACUCCACUUGCAAUGUGGCUGGGCCUAGUAUGUCUCCUACCACGUGCUCAUCAACCUCGGAACCACCGCCAACUACAACGCAGGGUCGGGAGAUUUUGACGGCUACCCCCACGACGUCAGUCCUAAACAGCACCCCAAGGAUAUGUUCGCCGGCCACAACUCCGAGCAAUAGUGAUUUGGGCCAGCAUCAGGGCCUGUUUACCAAGUUGAGAAAGCUUGAGUCUCAGCAGGAAAGAAUUUUAGAAGGGCAAAGGGAAAUCAUAAUUUUACUCUCUGGAAAUCCAUCGCAAAAGAAAGGAAAUAAUAAAGUUAAAAUAAUGAUACCCAACCACGUCCGAACUGUUGUUCACGAUGGAUAUUCUCACGGCAAUGCACAAGGCCUGGAUUGGAAAAUGAAAUCGGAUGAUGGAAGCCAAACAUUGAAACCUUCAUCUGAUGUAAACAAGUCAAUGACAGAACAUAUAUGCCAGUAUGUCACUGGCAUAUAUCCAGAUUGCCGAGCAUUUGUAAAAGGUUAG